GAUGUUGACAAAGUUUGUUAUUUGAAUCAAACUUAUUUUGGAUGUGACCGAGUAAAGGGGCAAAAUUUUCAGUGAUUUUUUUAUCUUUUGAAGGCGAUAAGGCAAAUAACAUCAUGCCCAACAGAAUUCAGUUGAUCGCCUGUGAAGAUAAUCUUGACAUUAAUUUGUUAAUCGGGAAGAGCUUGGGAUUAUCAAAUAAUGACGCAGAAAAGCAUUAUUAUAAUGAUUAUGAGACAAACCAGCCAAUAAACUCUGAGCGAUCUGGUGGUGGUGGAUAUUACGAUGAUUGGUGUACGAACCAAGGCUACAAUAAUUAUUAUGAAGGUGAUAUUUCUGCCUUCAACAAUGAAUGUGGAAAAGACAUAUACAAUUAUGGAGGUGGAAACGAAGGUAUUUCAUCUUACAAUUAUGGAGGUAGAGUGCCAGAUAAAGGACCAUACCAUGAUGUUGGGGUUUCAGCUUAUUGUGGAAAAGAGGUAUACAAUGAUGGAGGGGCUACAUCUUACAACUAUGGAGGAAAAGUGCCAGAUAAAGGGCCAUACCACGAUGUUGGGGUUUCAGCUUUUUGUGGAAAAGAGGUGUACAAUGAUGGAGGGGCUGCAUCUUACAAUUAUGGAGGAAAAGUGCCAGAUAAAGGGCCAUACCACGAUGUUGGGGUUUCAGCUUAUUGUGGAAAAGAGGUGUACAAUAAUGGAGGGGUUUCAUCCUACAACUAUGGAGGAAAAGUGCCAGAUAAAGGGCCAUACCACGAUGUUGGGGUUUCAGCUUAUAAUGGAGGGAAUAACUAUGGAUGUGACAGUCAGGGAUACAAUUAUCAAGGAGGAAACAAUAAUAAAAGUAUUUCAAAAUGCAAUUAUGGUGAUGACGAAAGAUCCAACUUCUGGUUUUGGUACGAAUACGAUGUUGCUCCCAGGGAUAACCCAGCUAUGCCUUACAAUUAUCAAGGUGCUGGGAAUAAACAGAUCUCAGGAAACAAUAAUUAUAACUGUGGACAACAGGGUUACAAUUAUGAAGGAGGAAACAGAAGUAUUACAGCCUAUAACCUUGGUUUUAAUGCAAAGGCAGGACUUAUGGGUGGGGCUCUGCAACAAGGUCCUCAAGGAGGUAGGGGAGGAGGAGGAGGAGGACAGGGAGGUAAACAAGGAGGUCAAAGAGGAAGGAGAAGUAUUGCUGCAUACAACUAUGACUGUUGAAAUAUGGUAGUAGCAUCAUACCAAUGAUAAUAAUCAUGUGUAAAGAAAUUUUGUCAAGUGAGAUAGUGAUUUGUUUUAUUGGAAUGAUUGGAGUGUUUAUUAUUCUUUAAUAAUUUAUUAUAUGGGAAGAGAUUUUGUGGUAUUUCUCCAUAAUUGGAAGAACGUUGAUGUUUUCAAUAUCACUAUAAUUGUUCAGAAUCGAUUCAAAUACAGAACCAGGUUUCAAGGCAACACCUGCCACAUCUUCAGCUGAACUUCCAUGCAGACCGUGAACACGCAGAUAAGUUUCGUGGCUGGUGUUGCCAUAAAACCUGGUUCUGUAAUUUGAAUUGAUUUUGAACAACACCAACCUCUUUUUCUUCCAAUUAUGGAGAAAUAUCAACUCUCCUCCGAUACAAAUUAAACUGUAAAUUAGGUACUAAAGAAAACUGAUCAAUGAAUUAUACGUUGAAAUGAAACAGCUCCUUCUCUCCUUCUGAUAACUGCUACAGUGAGAAUGAGUUGCAUUAUCACCUUAAUUUAAUUUCAGUUUAGGUGUGAAUGCUGAAAACUUGACACCUUUUGGAUUGAUAUUUCCAUAUUGUUGCUUCCAUCCAACUCUCUACCUGUACUUUCUACUAGCAAACGCCACUGGAGAUUCCAAAACCUGACAUUUUGAAUAUAGAUUCUAAGCUUUUCUCGAUGUAUCAAUAAAAGUAAUUU